UGACGUUCUCCAGCUGCACUUCCGCCCCUCUCACGACUUUUGACGCAUGCAACAACUGCAGUGAAUAGCCACGCCUCCACAAGGCUAACCCACAUACCCAAGCCUCGACCGACCUCGUGCGCCCCGCCAUGAGCGGAAGACGGCCACCAAUCGACAAGCGCAAGUCGUCUACGCUGCACUACCAGACCUUUCCCACGAAGCCGCCGACAUCGCGAGGUCCCCGUCAGUCCAACUCACCUCCAAAUGGUCCUGCCAGCGGCUCAGAGCUAGACGACCAACACCAUGAGUCACCACUGCCCAAGAAGCAGCUCAUCGUGCUCGCUAUCAUCGCGCUUGCCGAGCAGACGGCCCUCAAUUCGAUCAGUCCAUACCUGCCCGAGAUGACGAAGAGCUUUCCGGAGGUCAAAGACGGACAGACAGGGCUGUACGUGGGACUUAUCGCCUCGUCCUUCGCUCUGGCGCAGUUCACAACCAACUUCUUCUGGGGCUGGCUGUCAGACAAGAUUGGGAGAAAGCCUGUCAUAAUCACUGGCACGUUCUUGACAAUGCUGUCAUUCCUUGCUUUUGGAUUUUGCAAGACUUUGUGGCAGGCAAUUCUCGUACAAGCCCUCAUGGGAAUUGUCAACGGCAAUUCUGGCGUCGUGUCCACCUGCCUAGGCGAGAUCACAGACCGCAGCAACCAGUCACGAGCUUUCACAUAUCUGCCUGUGGUCUAUGGCAUCGGCGGUAUUACUGGACCUAUCGUUGGAGGCCUAUUGGUGUUCUACAAGAACCCUCUCGACCAGGGGAAGACGAAUCCCUUCCCGUACCUACUACCGAACUUGUUCUCCGCUCUUGUACUCGGUGUUGAUCUCAUUAUAUGCAUGAUUUUCCUCGAGGAGAGUCUGGAAGAAGCGCGAGAUCUACCACCUCUCGGGAAGAGAAUAGGAAAUCUCUUCACACGAAUGUGGCAAUUCACGAGCUCGACAAGGCCUUCAUACGUGCCCCACUGGUUGAGCAGGCAGAAGAGUCAUCAUUCACAACACCUGGAUGGCAUUGAUGAAGAAGACGAGGAUCUGGACGAUGCAUCUGAUGCUGACUCAGACGGCGUCGCUCCUGCCUUAUUCCCAGAGACCAACGGCGAAUUGACUAAGAAGGAGAUCCUCAACCGAGACACCAUCCUACUUUUAGUGACAUACACCAUCUUCCAGCUGGCCAACAUCUCGUACAACUCUCUGUACCCUAUUUUUGCCGAGGAUGUUGAACCGACGGGGCGAGGACUGAAGCCUGAGGCUGUAGGACUGUCCUUGUCGUUUGCAGGUGCCAUAACGAUCGUCUUCCAAGUAGGCAUCUUUGGCAAGCUGCGUGGAAAGCUUGGCAACAAGGUUGCAUACAGAGCUAGUUUAGCUUUGUUCGUUGUAGCUUUCAUUUUAAUGCCUUUCGUGGGCUACAAGAACAAGCAAGGAAGUGGAUGGCUGUGGUUCGAGCUUGGUGUGGUAUUGGUGAUCAAGACGAUUGCAGGUGUCGGCGGCCUGACAGCUGCUCUGCUUCUGAUCACCAACUCUGCCCCGAACCACAACGUACUCGGCACUUUGAACGGGCUUGCGCAGACGCUCUCAGCUGCCGGUCGUGCUGCAGGCCCCUUCAUCUCAGGGUCGCUGUUCACAGCAGCCACUAAAAUUCAGCCCAAGGGAGAGGCGUUGCCCUUCGGUAUCUUCGCCGGCAUUUCACUGCUGGGAUUUUUCUUGAGUUUUGGCAUUCGUGGUGAGAAUCUUGAGGCCGAAGGGUGGAGCGACGAAGACGAAGACGAGGAUGAGGAAGAGGACAUCAGUGAUGACAGGCAAGAUGCAGACGAGCGGUCCGGCCUUUUGCGCAAGUAGCGUCGUACUUUACGGUGCAGAUGUGUGUUACAUAGAUAGGAUCUGCAUUGCUUGGUCGGCACAAUGAGCGUGUUAUAUGGUUAUAAGUAUCUAAGGGAUAUACUCUGUGAUUAGAUGCCUAAUUGUUCAGGCGAGAUAUCACUUCCAGGCCAUACUCUCAUUGUCCACGAACGCAGGCUCCUGUUCUGUCGUGGGGUCAAGGAAGGUGCAACAGUGGCUUUAACGUAUGCUGAAAAGGAGAGGGCAGCUGACAGCUGCAGGGCUCUGGGCGAGACGCGGCUCUUGUCGCUCCUCACCUUCCACUAAACGACAACUACUCACAUAUAUCGUCAGCGGCACGACGUGGCACAGCAAACAACUCACGAGACUGAGGUCUCGCGUUGAGACUGCCUGAAAUGCGCGCAAU